AUGAUGACAAUGACGAUUGCGAUAUUAUACGAUGAUGAUGACGAUGAUGAUGACUAUGACGAUGACGAAGACUAUGACGAUGACGAUUACCAUAAAGAUGACGAUGACAAUGACGAUGACGAUGAAGAUGAUGAUGACGUUGGCCAAGACGAUGACGGUGACGAUGACGGUGACGAUGACGAUGACGAUGACAAUGACAAUGACGACGACGAUGACGAUAAUGAUGACGUUGACCAUGACCAUGACGGUGACGAUGAUGAAGACGAUGAUGAUGAUUAUGCUGAUGAUGAUGAUGACGAUGAUGAUGAUUAUGAUAAUGACGAUGAUGAUGAUGACGAUGACGAUGACGAUGACAAUUACCAUGAAGAUGACGAUGACAAUGACGAUGAGGAUGACGUUGACGAUGACGUUGAUCGUGACGAUGAUGGUGACGAUGAUGAAGUUGACUAUGACGAUGAUGAUAAUGAUGACGACGAUGACGAUGACGGUGAUGAUGAUAGUGAUGAUAACGAUGACGAUGAUGAUGACGAUGACGUUCAUGAUGACGUUUGCCACGACGAUAAUGAUGAUGAUGAUUAUGCUGAUGAUGAUGGUGACGAUAACGAUGAUAAUGAUGAUGACGAAGACGAUUAUGAUGACGAUGACAAUGGCGAUGAGGAUGAUAAUGAUAAUGAUGAAAAAGACGAUGACAAUAAUGAUGACGAUGACGAUGGUAAUGACGAUAAUGAUAAUGACGAUGAUGAUGACGUUGACGAUAAUUAUACGAUGAAAAUGACGAUGACGAUUACGAUGACGAUAACGAUGACGAUGACGAUAACGAUGACGAUGACAAAGACAAUGACGAUGACGAUGACGAUAACGAUUACCACGAAGAUGAUGGUAACAAUGACGAUGACGAUAAGACAAUGA